AUGACACAAGAUUGUGUCGUCGUUGGUGUAGAGAUUCGUCUGGGUAAGGAAUGCAUCCAGAUGUUCAUUUGGAUCAGUGGUUCCAUCAAAUUGCAUGUUAGCUUAUCGUCUUUGUCUGUUCGUGCUACUUCUGCUGUUCUGUUCUGUAUUAUGGCACGUUCUCCAAACAAGAUAAAGAACAUCGAUGGCUCAAAAGAAACUCUUAAACUUGCUGUGAGGAUCACUGAUCUAUGGUUUAUUGGGACGCCUAACAAAUCUGAGCAAGCUGAGAUGGUUUUUGUUGACUCUGAUGGUGAUGAGAUCCAUGUUGUUUGUAAACAAGACCAACUGAAGUCUUGGAAGAUGGACUUGAAGGAAAAUUGUACUUAUGUCAUGCACAAUUUUAAAGUGCUAAAAAACAACGGUCAGUACAGAGUCUGUGAUCACCAAUUUAAAUUGGUGUUUAUUGGGGUUACUGUUGUAAGGAAGUGUGUUCUAGACGACCUCCCUUUCAGAAAAUACAGGUUUGCUGGAUUUGCGAAUGUUGUGGCUAGCCAGUUUGAACCUGGCCUAUUGGUUGACGUUAUUGGUGUUGUGGAGGAGGUUGUCUUUCGCCAUGUUUCAGGAAAAGGUAGAAGGCCAGCAAUUGCUAUCUUGCACUUUGUGGGACAAUUAUUGCUUGCAUUUUUAAAGUUCUUAGAUGAUCAUGAAGGUCAUAGCCCAAUUACAGUUCUAUUGACCCAUGGUAGAAUAAAGGAAGUUCAAGGAUCUUAUCCGCCAUCGGUCAACAAUUCUUUCAAGGCUUCAAAGUUAGUUAUUAACCAACCGGUGAUGGAGAUUCAAGAAUUCAAUGAACGGUUUGCAAAGUUGGGCAUUGAGGCCUGGUCAUUUUUUAAAUCCCAUGGUGAAGGCAGUUCACAACUUUCAGGUUCUAUCCAAUUAUCAUCAAAGGAAUCAUUCUUUGGAAAGGCUGAGGCAAAGACUAUUGUUGAGAUUAACACCAUCUCUGAACUUGCAUUCAGUGCCAUAAAAAAAGUGAUGCAGAGAUGGCGCCCUUCACAUGUGCAUGUGGCAAAUAUAAUAAGGAAGUUGUAUAGGAUUGAGGUGAUGAUCAACCACAGAGAUGAAAGCACAAAAUUCCUGCUUUGGGACCGUGAAUGCACUGAAUUGAUUGGUCAAUCAGCUGAUGCAGUUAAUAGGCUUAAAAUUGAAGAUGGUGAUGUUGAUUUAAAUGCUUCACCCGAAGCACUUGAUAAGUUGUUGGGUUAUGUACUUGCUUUUAAGAUAAAGGUGCAACCCAAGUUCAGGAAUUCUGUUGUUUUGAAAUGUUCAACUGACUCAAGCUUAAUAAAUGUUGUGAUGGAUAUACUAGUUGAUGUUGAGCAAUCCAUGUCUGUGACAGCAGACCAUGAUCCACUGCUUGGGCUCCCAUUGACACCUACAAAGCGGCAGACAUUUCAAGAUUGUGAUGAUGAAGCAGAGAGCUCUCAAAUUUUACCUGCACAGCUUUCAUCCAACAAAUUAAAAAAACAUGAUGCAAUUUAG